AACCUGUGAGCGAACGUAGGGGCGUGGCCUUUAUCACGUGACUACGGCACUGGCUUCGCGCUAGGCGGGCGCCCCCAUCACGUGAUGCGGAUGUGGCGCCGGUAGGGCAGCUGGGGUGCCGGGUGCACGAGGAAGGGGGAAUGAAAGGUGGUGACUUUGACCAGGGAACACCAUGGCCCACACUACCAUUUCUGCAGCUUUUGCUAUUCCUCAGUUACUGAGAGGUACUGCUCGAAUUUUCCCCACUCAUUCUGCAUUGUUACGGUUGAAGUACUCUGCUUUGUGUUCCUGCACAAUGAAUGGCACAAUGAAAUCCAAAAGGAAAACGGAUCAUCUGGAGAGAACGGCAAAUAACUUUCGACAGGAGGUUAUUACUCCAGCAAAAGUGUGUGGCAUCACCAAUGAAUCUGAAACAGUUAAAAGACUUCGCUUGGCUGUCACAAAUAAGGAUUUUACUUUUAAAGCAGGACAGUGGGUAGAUUUCUUUAUUCCUAAAGUUGCCGUAGUUGGUGGAUUCUCAAUAUGUUCCAGCCCUGGUCUACUGGAACAAGAGGGAGUAUUGGAACUGGCAGUGAAACAUACUGUACAUCCUCCUGCUCACUGGAUUCACACUCAGUGCUCUCUUGACUCAGAAGUGGCUCUGCGAGUGGGAGGCAAUUUCUUCUUUGAUCCUCAACCUGCUGACUCCCCUGUUAACCUUGUGCUGAUAGCAGGGGGAGUAGGAAUCAACCCAUUGUUUUCCAUACUGCUACACGUAGCAGAUUUUCAUAGAAAUCAAGAGAGUGAAGAAAAUGGGUAUAAAAUGGGAACAGUGAAGCUGUACUAUAGUGCAAAAAACACAAAUGAACUCCUAUUUAAGAAUAAUAUCUUUGGUUUGAUGAACGAAUUUCCUGGAAAGAUCACAUGCAGUUUCCAUGUUACCCAACAGAGUUCACAAAUCUGUGAAGAACUUCAGCCAUAUAUCACUGAGGGAAGAAUAUCUGAAAAGGAACUAGAAAAACAUGUGUCUAAGGAUACUUUAUGGUACAUCUGUGGUCCACCUCCAAUGAUAGAAUCUAUAUCCAAACUACUAGAAAACUUUGGUGUUCCUACAGACUGCAUUUACUUUGAAAAGUGGUGGUAGCAACAGCUACUUAGCAGAAAAUAAAAACUGAAAACAACUAAUCUAUGUAUUUUGAUAAAUAAAGUGUCUGAAAUGCACAGAAGAUGGACUCUACUAUGACCUCACUGACUGCAAGAUUUCACUAUACGCACAUGACAUCUUCUUGUAUUUAGUAAUAAUUCCUAAAUUAUCCUAUAAUGCACUCUGAUUUGGGUCAUUAUUGUUUUAUUGCUUUUGGAAAAAAAAGUGUAUUUUGUAUUAAAGACAUGAGCCAUUUUA